AUGACAAAUCACGCAAAUUGUGGUGACUGUGAUCUUGGCGCUGAUGCGGCGCAAACAAGAUCGGGUGAGCGACAAAAUCUACGCAAGGCUAUGAAGCGCGCUGCUAAGGCGCAGCGCCGACUUAACAAAGCAAUUUAUCUGGCGAAUACGGGUGGAGAGGGGGCCAACACGAGUUCAAGCUCCAGUGAAAGUGAGGGCGAGGGGGCAGCACGUAGAGGACGCCGCAGUGCAGGCGAAGGCGGCAGAGCGCGUUUCCAUCCCUUUCACCAUGGUCCCUGGGCUGGGCGUCAUGGCAUGCCCGGCGCUCACGGACCGUGGGCUUCAAUGCGCGGAUUUCCACCAGGUAGGCAUAUGAUGGGUUUUCCUGGUUUCGGUGCCGGUUUUCCAGGUACGCGCCCGCACGGUGCGGGUCCUCAUGCACAUCACCAUCAUCAUGGUCACGGUCAUGGUCAUGGCCAUCAUCAUGGUCAUGGUCAUCAUCAUCGUGGUGCUUUUGGUGAUUUUCAUUCGUUUGGCGGACAUGGUGGUCACUGUGGACGUCAUGGCGGCAUGGGUGGCCACGGACAUGGCCCGUGGUCGGGUCCUUUUGGCAGAGAUUUUCCUCACUUUGGUGAUAUGGGUCAUCGCAGUGGACGUCGCGAGAGGGCACAAAGUGUGCCUAGAUUUUGA